UGGUGAAAGGAGUUUAAAAAAAAAAAAAAAAAAGGCCUAAUCUGGCUGGCUUUGUUUGGUUUUGUACAAAUGGUUCAGCAACAGGUGUUUUACUUUAAAAAGGCAUGAACUUGGAUACAGGCUUGGCUGAGAAUUCUUGCAAAAUAUAACUGCUCCUUGGUGACUUGGGAGAUGCUGGAUGUGAACCUUUCAUUGGGGUGUGGAGUUUGUCCUUAGGGCUGGAUUUUGCAACAAACAGUGACCAUGAUUGUUUCUGCCCAGUUCUGUAGCGUUUGUUUUUAGACAUUGCAUCAGUUUCUGAGCAUAAGAGCAGCAAAACAUGAACCUCAUUGGCUAAAGAGUAUACUCUGUUUAACGAUAGUAGAUUGUGAUUGGUUGAAUGAUUUUUGAUUGUAGAGUUUUUACCAGCAAUUGGCUUCAUCAAGUUCUGAUUUAUUCUAUCAUAUACAGCAUACCUUGUUUUAGUGGGCUCGUUCUUGGAGCUUAAGUAUAUUAUACCUGAAUCCCCUACCAUUUAAAAGUCAAUUUAUAAACAGGGAUUUGGAGUGUGACUCCACUAAUGUCUGUGAUCUUGGUUAGAAACCCACUUGGCUGCCUUUCCUCAGGAGGUGCAGAGUGGGGGAAGGGAGCUGCCGGGAAGUGAUUGAUAAGGUUUCCUUUAUGGAUUCUGUGGUGCUUCACUGGAGCUCAGAGCACUUUGGCAAUUUAAGCACUCCAAAUUAAAAGCUCAUUAACAAUUCCUGCCCAAAGAUCCUGUAAAUAAUCAGCUAGCUAGGUCAUAGAGCUUGGUAAGAGCUCUCCUUCCAACUUGAAAAUUCCAAAUAAAGGUGCUUUUAUUCCCUUUCAUUUUGAAAAGUGUUUUCUCUGAGGUGGGGUAAGUUGGUGAAUGGCCUUUCCCGAGGGGAUUGAAUUAGAAUAAAGACUUAAAUGUGUAAAAGGCAGAAAGGAAUAUGUUGGUUCCAAUCAUAGAUGUUUCUAUGGAGAGGGGAUCACUAGCUUACAAAAUAAUCUCUGCAGCUUCUUGUCCUUUGGAAGAUCUGAGUUAGGUUAUAAAUAUGUUUAUAUUUUGACCCAGGAUUUGGUUACCUUAACUUCCUUAGUACUUGAGGGAGACUUGGAAGUUUCUUGAAAGUAUUUCCUGGCCUAUAUGGCCAUUUGCAAUAUGAUCUGUGGGUUUGUAGCAACAGACUCCUUCCUUAGUCCUGAGGCCUAGCCUCAAUUCCUAAGUUCUAAGUAUUGUCAGUGUUACUAAGUCUCCUUCUUUCCAGAUAGAAUUCUAACAUUAUCCUACAACCACUACUUUAUGUUCUUUUUUCUCAGUCCAGGCUCAGAUACUAUAAAUAUUUGGGGUUUGUAGGAAGACUUGUUAAGAUGAAAAGUAUACUACUAAAGAACAUGUUCAUCAUUCCAAAAGCAAAUAUAACCCUGAUAGCUUCUGAAAGCUCUGUAAGGGCACUCUUUCCACAUAGACAGCUUUAUGCCAAAUUUUGAGUUUAGGAAUUUGAACCGUAGGGUAAUCCUUAGUGGGGGUUUGAUCUUUUGUAUUGAAAUAGACUUGUUGCAGAAAUAUUUGUUUGUCCACAGCAUUGGGGCUUUCCAGCUCUCACAGAACCUUCACCAUCCCCAGCUGCCAGUCUUGGCAUCUUCGAAGUAAGAAGAGGAGAGGAAUUGAACAGAGCUUGCCCAAGGUGCUGUGGUUGUUUUAGAUGCUUCUGGAUGUUCAAUGCUAGCACCUUUACAGACUGGAGCAGCUCGAUUUUCUUCAUAUUUACUUUCAAGAGCAAGAAAAGUGCUGGGCUCCCACUUAUUUUCUCCCUGUGGUGUUCCGGAGUUCUGCUCCAUAUCCACCAGAAAGCUGGCGGCUCACGGCUUUGGCGCAUCCAUGGCGGCAAUGGUGUCCUUCCCUCCCCAGAGGUAUCACUACUUUUUAGUGCUGGACUUUGAGGCCACGUGUGACAAGCCACAGAUUCAUCCUCAGGAAAUCAUUGAGUUCCCCAUCCUGAAGCUAAAUGGCCGGACCAUGGAGAUUGAGUCUACUUUUCACAUGUAUGUCCAGCCUGUAGUCCAUCCACAGCUUACCCCAUUCUGUACAGAGCUCACUGGGAUUAUUCAAGCCAUGGUGGAUGGUCAGCCAAGCCUGCAGCAAGUGCUAGAGAGGGUCGAUGAGUGGAUGGCAAAAGAAGGCCUCUUAGAUCCAAACGUCAAGUCAAUUUUUGUCACCUGUGGAGAUUGGGACUUAAAAGUCAUGCUCCCAGGCCAGUGCCAGUACUUGGGCUUGCCAGUGGCAGAUUACUUCAAGCAGUGGAUUAAUCUGAAAAAGAUUAUUUCUGAUGAAGAUUUAGUCUCCCACUUGAGAGUUCAACUGCCUGGCUGGGAGUAUGGAGAAAGUAGAUAUUAUAUUGAUCCAAGGUGGAGGUUUUCUUCAAGGAGUUGUGAAGAGGGGAACAGGGAAUUGAAGGCUUACAGCUUCGCCAUGGGCUGCUGGCCCAAGAACGGACUUCUAGACAUGAACAAGGGCCUCAGCCUGCAGCACAUAGGCCGGCCCCACAGCGGCAUCGAUCAACCCUCAUGGCUUCCUGAGUCCCUGGGAGAACAAGGUGUCAUCUUCAUACCUAUAGCGACCACAGAUGACUGCAAGAACAUUGCCAACAUCAUGAAGACACUUGCAUAUCGAGGCUUCAUCUUCAAGCAGACAUCAAAGCCAUUCUGAUUGGCCGAGGAUAGGAUGGGGCAGGACAGGGUAGCUGCUUGGCCCAGCCCAGAAUCUUCCUCUCCCUCACCAGAGGGCAAGAGGGAGAGUGGCACAGCCCUGUGCCCAGAGUGUCUCCCAGCAGCCCUACAGACCUGUGUCUGGGGCAAUGGCUUGGCCACCUGGCCGCUCUGGAGCAGACACUUUGUGCCCCCCACCCCUCAAUCUCAGCCCAGUAUUAGCCCCUCCCAUCAUGGGCCUGGGCUAGGGGGACCCAGGCACACUCUGCCUCCUCCCUGGUACACAGGCUUCUGCUGGGGCCACCAAGCCCCCCUGUGCCCCUUUCCCAUCCAUAGUGCAUGGUGUGUGGUGCCCCCAGGGCUCCAAGACAGAUCAGGCCCCAUCUUGUAUCUACCCCCAGCCCUGCUGUGAACGUGCCACUGAAUAAAGUCGGGGAAAUGAGGCCCUG